UGUUUGAUUAGAGACCUGUAAACAAGUUCAUUGGUUAAACAAAUUCAGCGAUCAAUAUGUAUUAACGAGGAGUGUUUCGCUUAUCGGUAUUAAAUGUGUUAGUUUACUGACGUUAAGGAAAUAUUCAAGAGGCUUGUAAAAUGCAUGGUCCGGUAAAUACGAUCAACAUCAAAACAAAAGCGUGCUUCUUGGGGACUUUGUAAACCUCAUUUGGCUCACUGGCAAUUACCGAAGGUCAAGCGCACGUUUUAAUACAUAACAGACUGCAGCUGUGACUGAGAAUCAAGCGACAAUAUGGCGGAAGGCGGCUACAUGCGUGAUGAAUCAGAACAUGAUGUUCAUCAGAUUGGACUUUACUGUCGGCACAAUCAAGUUCAGUGUGAACAAGCCUCAGUGGAGAUAUGUAUUGUGAUGAACUUCCUGGGGUAUGGAUCAGAGAUCAGACAGGCGAGAAGGGACGCUUACAGGGAGUUUGAUAGGCUGAUGACAGCAGUAUUGCGAGGUAGCUUGUUAAUCACAACGGGUAGCAAAGCAGAGGGACUAACCCGCAUUGUAGAGAGUGACACGGACAUUAUGUUCGUUAAUAGAGUUAUUAUAUGCAUAGAAGAUGUUGUUAAUGAUGACAAAUUGCCAAUGGAAGCUACUGUGUUCACAUUCAGUCCUAUAGCGUGCCGUCCUGGACACUGUAGAUUGUUACUUAAGCGAGCCGGAACUAAGUUUCCCAAAUACAUUUUCGAGGCCCUUUGUGAUAAUGAAAACGGCCGUCCUCUCCUGAGCAGUGACCUCUAUGUUGAAACACAAAAUCAAUCAAAUGAACUUCAGCCAACCCAGGUACGCUAUGAACGUGCAGGACCAUCAAUGCCCUUUUCAAUGUUUGGGGUAUUUUAUGCAGAUGUAGUACACUCCCUUCGCUGCCUCUGCCCUAGUAUACUGAAGAAGUAGGCUGAACGAAGUCGCCAUUGGCCCCCGCCCGCCAUCGUUCAAAAGGUUGUAGCAUUAGACGCAUAUGUUACUCCCGUCGGAUUUGAAAGGAGUGAGUACAGACAUGUAGAGUGGCGGAUCUGUUUCAAUACAGGGGAG